AACAGUUAGACGCUAGCAAGCAAGUAGGAAAUGGGGCGUGUCGCAUUACUGUCACGUGACCAGGUAUCUUAAUGUUUAUUGCACAAUUUAUCGCAUACUUUGACAGCACACAUGAUGGAAACGUCACUUUUCUAACCUCACUUCUUCUGCUGAUGAAAUUCAAAACUGGAAGGCUGGCGAAAAUCUAUGAAAAGUGAACGUUCCCAGUUCUUUUUCCAUUAACCUUUUAGUGUUCCAAAUUUGUUUACUCGAUAAGUUAGUAACCUUUUAUUUGAAUAAUUUCAGAACCAUGGCGUUGUCUCCAGAAGAAAAGUACAAUUUGCUGUCAAGGAACUUGCAAGAAGUGCUUGGUGAAGACAAGAUCAAAUCAAUUCUCAAUGAAAGAGAUUUGAAAAUAUACUGGGGUACUGCGACUACGGGCAAGCCCCACAUUGCAUACUUUGUGCCUAUGUCAAAGAUUGCAGAUUUCUUAAGAGCUGGUGCUGAAGUGACUAUCCUCUUCGCUGAUCUACAUGCUUAUCUGGACAAUAUGAAGGCUCCGUGGGAGCUCCUUGCUCUUAGGGUGCAGUACUAUGAGCAUACCAUUAAAGCUAUGCUACAGUCUAUUGGUGUUCCAAUUGAGAAAUUGAAGUUUGUCAAAGGCACAGAUUACCAAUUAUCUAAAGAAUAUACUUUGGAUGUGUACAGGUUGAGUUCUGUAAUCACUGAGCAUGAUGCGAAAAAAGCUGGUGCGGAGGUAGUGAAGCAAGUGGAUCAUCCUUUGGUCAGUGGACUUUUGUACCCAGGGCUACAGGCUUUAGAUGAAGAAUAUUUGAAAGUAGAUGCACAAUUUGGUGGUGUAGAUCAAAGAAAAGAUUUUCACUUUUGCUGAAAAAUACCUGCCACAACUCGGAUACCAAAAACGAGCACAUCUAAUGAAUCCAAUGGGUAUAAUUUUCACUUACUAUGAUUUAAAGAUUGACUCAGCGACCCUACCUUGUUGGCCCCAGCUUCAUGGGGGCACCAAAUGCCCAAAAACAAUCUUGUCUGAGUUACUAGCCAACCUCCCAUUCUUCAAUUUUCCUCAAUAGCAAAAAAGGAACCCCGAUUCCACGCUGACCUGGAGCCCCUUUAUAGUCAACGCCAAACAAAGUGGCGUGCACGUCAUCAAGGUGGGUGUGUUGAAAAAUUUACAU